AUGACAGAAAUAAGCGAGAAGGAGAACGAGCCACAUAACCGAGACCUGCACCGACCACUGCCCAGCCACCAGGAGUCCAAGUUGCAGCGGCUGAAGCGCUCCCUGUCCUUCAAGUCUGUCAUGCGCAGCAAGAGCAUGGACAACUUUUUCCAGCGCAACAACGGCGAAAUGCGCCUGCCCUCGGCCCUCAUCACCACACCACAACCACAACCCCCACCUCCGCAAUCUCCUCCACCCUUCUCCGAGUGCCCCCCGGCCUAUGAGCACUCCCCCUCCCAGUCUCCGUUGGUCAGUCCCAACCCUUCAUUGACGUCUCACUCGCCUUCGAUCAGUCCCUCGCUGUCCGUCACCCUCACGACCCAGCCAAAGACUCAGGCCCAGCCGGUGCAGCCAGUGAAGACGCACUGUUUCCAGGAGCAUGUCUUCCGUAGGCUCACCAGCUGCCAGCGAUGCAAACACAUGAUCCAAGGAAACUCCAAGCAGGGCCUGCGCUGUAAAGCCUGUAAACUGGCGGCCCACCUCUGGUGCUCGUCUGAGCUCUCCCAGCAGCCAUGUAACGGAAAGUCAGGAGCUUUCAAGAGAAACUUCAGCUCUCCUCUGCUGACCAUCGAUCCGCUGGGUGUGGUCAGAGAGGCGCCCGCCGCUCAGGAGGCGGAUAACAGCAGCGUUGACCCCGUGUACGAGGCGCUGCGCUACGGGACGUCGCUGGCUCUGAUGAGUCGCUCCAGCUUCGGCAGUAUCUCAGAGUCGCCUUGUCACGAGGCAGAGAAACCACAAGACAAACUCGAAAACCAGCCGAUUGCUGAAGAGGAACAAAUACCAGGAAUGCUCACCCCUCCUGAAAGCGAGAAGGCUGAUUCGGAAGACAGGGUCAGCCUGAAGACUCCCAAACGAGUGGAGGUCCACUCCAUCCACACCUACGUGGCUCUCUACAAGUUCCUGCCUCAGGAGAAGAACGACCUGGAACUACAGCCUGGUGACAGAGUUCAAGUCACAGAGGACUCCAACGAGGACUGGUGGAAGGGGAAAAGCAGAGACAAGGUGGGAUAUUUCCCAGCCAACUUUGUUCAGCGGGUCCGCCCCGGCGAGCGGGUGUGGAAGGUCACUGAUGGUUUCCACGGCAACCGUGACAAGGGCCAGAUGACUGUAAAAGAGGCCCAGAUCUGCGUCGGGAAGAACGAAGACAUCGACGGUUUCCACCGGCUGACGAGCGGGAAGAAGCGAGGCCUGGUCCCCGUGAAGUACCUGCUGGAGAUUUGA